AUGGCCGGUACACUGAGAUCCUGGACAGUGCUCUUGGCCCUCGUGCUGUGCCUCAUAGUGUGUCUCAGUAGCGUCGCGGAUGCCUACCCACCCAAACCGGAGCCUCCCGUGGGAGAUGUGGGACCCGAGGAGAUGCAGAAAUACCAUACUGCGCUCCGACACUAUAUCAACCUCAUCACGAGACAGAGGUAUGGGAAGAGAUCGACUGCAGAAGCUGCUGUAGCUGAGCUGCUGUUUGGAGAUGAUAAUCAGGAUGUAAGAGCACGGUUUGCUUGUACAGGUGCUCUCUCCAUGGCAACUGGAAAUCCCUUUGCCACAGUUUAUGAGAGCAGGUUUCCGUUGGCGUAA